AUGCGAUCGAUCUCUGCGCAAGCGCUCUUGCCGACGGCGAGGUACGCGCCGAUCGACGCGGCGGUGCGCUGUGGCGUCUGCGCCCGAGCCUUCUCGGCUUUUCGCACCAAAGUCCACUGCCACACGUGCGGGGCGGUGGUCUGCAAUGGGUGCGCGGUCGAAGUGCCCGUGCAGCAGCAGCGGCGAGAUGCCAUAGUCUGCGUUAGCUGCACGCGCGGCAAGAAGAAACAACCGGUGGCCGCUACUACGUUUGACGGUAUUCUCUUUGACCCGGCCGACCUCGCGCCGCGUCAAGCGCCGAUGGGGCCGCCGAUCAAGGCCGUGGCACCGCCAGCGAAAUACGCGGCAACCACACCCGAGCCGGAUCUGAGUGCGUUCCAACUCCAUGUGCUCCCAAACAUCGAAACGACGCUCGAAGUGGAUGACGACGACGACGACGAGUUGGCUGUCUUUGGCAGCAGUCGCGGCGUGAUUCCUGCAGCCGAACUCGUCCAGCCCGAUCAGUUUGUGCCGUCCUUGAGCCGCAUGCGCUGCCACCGCUGCCGGCGCCUUCUUUUGCUGCACGCGCGGCACCACUGCAGCGCGUGCGCCGAGGUGUAUUGCCGGAGCUGUGUCAACGCGUAUGUGACCGAGUCGCACUACCGCCUCUCGAGCAUCGACAUUUGUCGGACAUGCAGCCUCAUCCAAGCCAUGUUUGGGUCGUUCAAGGAAUGCCGGUGGGUACACAAGUCGCUGCCGUCGACGGCCUUUCCGCCGGGCGUCCAGGUCAAAGUUCGAUGCCCGUUGUAUGUGAACCGCACGGAAUUUGCGCGCAAAAUCGCCGAGCUCAAGUUUCUCGAAGAAGUCGACUUGGUGCCGUGGAAUCACCUGCCGCAGCGCGGUCUCUGGAGCAUCGAGCCGCCGAGCUGCGACGAGUGCGGCCUCCAGCUACGACGCAGCACGCGCGCGCGGUGUGGCAUGUGCGACCUCGUCUACUGCCUCGGCUGCACGACGCUCAAGUUUACGCGUCCGCCCCACAAGCUCGAGCUCGAAGAUAUCCACGUUUGCCGGACAUGCGUCGCCACGUUCGAGCGCUGGAACCGAACGCGCAGCAAGCAGCUCUGGAAAACGUGCGCGACGGUGUAUGCAAAAGCAUCGGGGACCCACGUCGACCCGGAUUCGGCGCCGCCUCCGACAAGCCCCGCGGGUUGGCUGCGCAGCCGCCCGAGUGCCGAGAUGGUCCAAAAGGCGAGUCGAUCCAGCGGUAGCAACAAAGACAGCCACCUGAGCCUCGACACGACGCGGCGUCCCAGUGGCGAUGCCGACGACCGGCGGCUCAGCUGCGGCGGACGAGACAGCCUCGACAAUGGCCGACGCCUCAGUUGUGACGCUCGAAGCAGCAUCGGUUACGAUGCCCGUGGUAGCAUCGGUUGUGACGCCCGAGGCAGCGUCGGUGGCCGGGAUAGCCUGCUCGACGGCGGACGGCCAAGCGACGGCGGCCGACCACGCCGCUCCAGCUGCGACGCGAGACACACCGCGCAGGCCCCGGAGGCGGGCCGACCGCGCAUGUGCUCUGCGCCCGUGCGCCCGCGCUUUAGCGCGGCCGACAUCCCACCACCAACUCCACCGACAAUGUCGGCAGACGACGAGGCGCUCUUGCGGUCGAUUGAGCGCAAUUUGCGCGUGUCGGAAGCCAUUGCACGAACGAUUGAGUGCGCCGAAGCGGGUGUCGAGCCGGCGCUUCACCACCAAGGACGGCCGCGCCGCCACUCGAUCUCGGGCUGACCUCCGCCAUGCGAGCGUAUUUAAUGUAUACAAUGCAUGGCUCUGUAUUCUGGU